GUCAUCAGUCAUCUCUAAUGGAGGAAACAGACUUCUGACAGUCAGUGGGCUUAUUCUUUGAGGGGUGAAAUGAGAGAACUGGCCUCGAUGCUUUUUUCUGCAUGUGUGUAAUCAGGACUUCAGAUCUCGCAACAAUAAACACGAAGAGGAAAGUUACCUGCGCUCUUAUCGGCCGAGAAGAGGCGCUGUCCGUGGUCCUGAAGUCUUUUCAACAACUCCUCUGUCUCACACCAGACUUCGUGUGAAGACUACUUGAGAAAAAGACCAAGUUAAAGCGAUACUGUCCUCCAACAGCUCCACAAAGAGCUGAAUAUGGUAACGCAAUAUAAGCUUCAUCUGCAAUCUUUGGUACUUUUGAUUUCUCUUGUCCACCUGUGCAUGCCAGUAUGUGUCGAUGUCCAGUCAGACACAGAAGGAAUUGUGGGAAAAGCCAUGAAGUUGACCUGCAUCUCCUGCUUGAAGAGGGAGGAGGUCUCCGUAACAACAUUUGUAAAAUGGCUUUACACCCCAAGUCCAACAAAAGGCAAAAACAUUUCAUAUCUUAUAUACGAAUAUAACACUAACAAUUCCAAUGUGGAGGAUAAUCCAUUUAAGGACCGUCUAAACUGGAACGGAAGCAAGGACUUACAAGAGGUCUCCAUUGAAAUCCGUAAUGUCACCUAUAAUGACAGUGGUUUGUAUACCUGUGAAAUUCGUCGUAAGUUUGGCUUUGAGCUAUACACUCCAAUCUUCGAAGUAAUCAAGACCAUCAACCUGACUGUGAAAGAGAAAGCCAGUGACGACACCACAGCAAUCUACUCUGAGAUCAUGAUGUAUGUGUUGCUGGUGUUCUUGACCUUGUGGCUGUUGGUAGAAAUGGUCUACUGCUACAGGAAGAUCUCCAAGUCUGAUGAGCAGGCGCAGGACACAGCGACAAACUACCUAGCCAUUCCCUCUGAGCAGAAAGACAAUCCAGCCGCUCCUGUUACAGAAUAAAAGUGGUUUUCAAUGACACGGUAUUGACCAAUAACAAUGGGACAUCGGUUUCAUCAACCCUAUCUGUGUCACUAUGAAGAUAUCAUUACUCCCAGCCAGCGAUGGGAAUCCUGCCAACUGACUGCCCCUGUGUAUCCACUGUGUCUUGUGAGGAGCCAGUCAAAAAUGUCCAAGUGCUCAGUUUUUCUCCUGCCUUUCCUCUCCUCUGUUUUUUUUUAACCUUUGUGCAAGGCGUCUCUAAAAAUCAAGUGCUUUCACAGUUACAUCAGGUUAAAGAACACAAAUGUCAGUCUACUGCACUUUUUAACAGAGAAUUACCAGCCAUACUUCAUUUGGACAUAGCAGUGUGCGGACUAACUAAAGAAUUUCUUGGUAGUUAGUAGUGCCUCUGUGAUUUAUAUAACCUAUAAACAGAUAUGAUCCCAGAAAAUGUCCUAGUCUGUUAUGUACAUCUUGUAUACUGAAUAUAUAGUACUUUUUCAGUUCUUUUUUUUUUUAGUUUUCUUACAAUUUUAUACCAUGCUGAGAUUUUUGGGUCACAGUUUUAUUUGUAUUGGCCAAAAGUCUUUUUAAGGAAACUAAAAUGUGCAGCUUUUAUAUUGUAUGGGGCCUGCAUUUGUCUUUUUUUUUGCUGGAACAAAAUGAAGUGUAAUACAAAAAUGGAGUAUAAAUAUGCAGAAAAUACUGUUUCAAAUCACACACUUUUAGCUGGUCUGAACUGAUAAAUUUCCUGUACUCUCUUAUGUAAAAAUCUCAUAGCCACAUUCAGCUCUGGUCUUGGAGUAUAUUCUAUAGGUCAAGUCUUGCUUCAUACAGUUAAUCUGAAAUUUAUACUCAGUGCUUUGACUGUUGCUGUUCUACAGUAGCAUUGCUAUUGAGACUAAAUGUGUGCCUCUUUCUAUAAUACAGCACUGUAGAACUUUAUAUACUUUGUGAUUCAUUCCUACCAUGCUUUUCUUGUCUGUUACACAUAUAAAAUGCCAUGUUUCAGUGAGCUGCUUUUAAAUAUCAAAUACAAUGCA